AUGAAACUCGAUAUUUUAGUAAUAUUUCUGACGAUUUCGAUUUUGGAGCGGCCAUCUCCUGGAGACGCUGCCAAUUUGCCGCAGGAAAAUUUGGAAACAAAGUGUAAAGGAUAUUGCUUUACGGUCCUAAAGCCAUUCCUCGAUAAUGUUGUGCAACCAAAAUCAGCGGGCGAUACCAACAGCGAUUUAAGUGAUCGAGUGUCUGGAGAUAAUAUUAAAGACUUGCAGAAUCAAUUGGCGAUUGCUGAUGUUCAAAUGAAAUCCAAGGAAGCUCUCAGCAACUUGCAAAUCCAAUUGGCGAGCGCCGAGUGCCAAAUUAAAAUUAAAGACCUCAUAAACGUCAAAGAUAAGGAAAUAAACGAAAAAACUGAACAAUUAAAGUGCAAAAGCGACAUAAUAAAGUUAAAAGAUAAGGAAUUGGUGGAUCAAAAUGAGCAGAUAAAAUAUUAUAAUGAAAAAAUAAACAAUAAGACAGAAAUUAUUAACAACUUAAAGACUCAGCUAGUAAAUGCAGAGGCUGUAAUCAAAAUCAAAGAAGACGCCAUAAAUCUAAGGGAUAAGGAAAUAAAUAAUAAGUCUGAACACCUUAAAAACAACGAAGACCUAAUAAAGAACCAAUCUGAUCAGAUCAAGAACAAAGCCGAACUUAUCAUAAAAAGUAACUCCGUUGAGGACCUGAGUGCACAGAUUACGACCAAGGAUAACCAGAUCAAUGGGCUCAACAAUCAGAUUAAAUCGGUUUCUGCAGAACUUUUGAAGUAUAAUGGAACGGAUGAAUGUCCCAGGAGCGGUCCAAGUGGCAUUUACGUCUUAAAAGUUCCCGGAAAUGUUUUAAUGGAAGUCCCUUGCAAUUCUACUGGUUGGAUUGUUGUUCUGAGGCGGCAAGACGGUUCAGUAGACUUUGAACGCAGUUGGAAGGAAUAUAAGGAUGGCUUUGGCAACUUAACAGGCGAAUUUUUUAUUGGGCUGGAGAAACUACACCAUUUGACUAAGAGAAAGCCUCACGAACUCUACAUCAAGAUUAUGGAUGUAAAUGGAGAUGUUGGGUACGCUCGCUAUGAUAACUUCCAAGUUAGCAACGAGGAAAGUUUAUAUAAACUUGAUUCGGUUGGGACAUACUCUGGUAACGCAGGAGAUUCCCUAACCUACAGUAAGGACAAACACUUUACCACAAUUGAUCGAGAUAAUGACGGUAGAUCUUCGGAAAAUUGUGCUCAAAUUCGCUCUGGCGGUGGUUGGUGGUACGACAAUUGUAGUUACGGGUGUGUAUAA